AGCUCUCCAGUCUUUUCAAGUUCAUUUCAUUGAUUAGUUGUGUGCCAAAAGUGUUCUGGGGGAGUUGUGCGCCGAGUUUACCCAAAUGUAAUUGCAAGGCAUUGUGAUUUGAUAUUUGUGUCGCUGCUGUUAUUAUUGCUAUUGUGGAUUGAGGCAAAGCAAUUCGUAGAGAAAAAUUUACAUAGAAUACGUUUUUAAUUUAUUUUCUAUUAACAAAGAAUAAAAGAAAAACUGUCAACAAUGUUGGAUCAAAAUGUUCCGGCUUCCGAGGGAAAAUUGCGACAAGGCUUCAUCGAUUUUACGGCUGGUUCAUUGGGCGGUGCAAUGCAGGUUUAUGUCUCCCAACCCUUGGACACGGUCAAAGUGAAACAACAAUCAUUCCCACAAAUGUACAAAAAUAUGGUAGAUUGUUUUGUGAAAACCUAUCGUACAGAUGGUAUCUUUCGCGGACUGUAUGCAGGUUCAGUUCCAGCUGUCAUUGCAAAUGUUGCUGAGAAUUCUGUUUUAUUUGCUGCCUAUGGUGGUUGUCAAAAAGUCGUUGCCUAUGGUAUGAAUGUAGAAGAGGUAAAGGAUAUGCCAACAGUAGGUCAUGCAUUUGCUGGAUUUUUGGCAGCAUUCUUUUCCACGUUCACUUUAUGUCCAACGGAGUUGGUUAAAUGUAAACUGCAGGCAUUGAGAGAGAUGCAACAACACAAUCCCAAAGGCGGCAAUAAUUUGCCAAUAACCCCAUGGAAAUUAACAAAACAUAUCAUGGCCACUGAAGGUAUACCCGGUUUCUUCCGAGGCCUUACAUCGACAUUUAUGCGUGAAAUGCCGGGCUACUUCUUCUUCUUUGGAGGCUAUGAGGGAACAAGAGAACUGCUUAGGAAGCCGGAUCAAACCAAAGAGGAGAUUGGUGCCUUGAAAACGAUGUUUGCCGGCGCCGUGGGUGGUGUUACAUUAUGGACCAGCAUUUUCCCAGCCGAUGUCAUUAAAUCACGCAUCCAAGUGAACAAUCUGAAACGUUCAAUGACGUCAGUGGGUUUGGAAAUCAUACGCAAAGAAGGAUUUUUGGCUUUGUACAAUGGUCUGUUGCCGUCAGUGUUACGUACAAUACCAGCUACUGCCACUCUAUUCCUUGUCUAUGAAUACACGAAAAAGACUCUGAAUGAAAUUCUGUGACCUCGAAAGCAAAACAAUGGUUUUAUUUAGUUCUUUUAGGUGUAUCUUGUUAUUGUACAUGUUUUGUUUUUUUUUAUACAAUUGCUAUAUAGUUAAUAAAAAGAAGAUACAGGUAUUUUAAUAGAA